AUGUGCUCUCUCCAGAUCCACGGGAUUUUCCUCACAAUGUCCCUGGCUCCACCCGCUUUGUCGAGCCUGCACCCUGAAUGUGAAUACAUAUUUCAGCUGGAGAAAGAGGAGCGUCACUGCCUUCAGUACAUUGCAGAGCAAGGCAACAGCAGCACACAAGGUUGUCUGCCGUUCUGGGACGCGGUCAUCUGCUGGCCUAAUGCAGGAGUCGGGGAAACGGUCCAGCGAGCCUGUCCUGCCGUCUUCUCCCUCUUCAGAAACAACACAGGGUCGGUGAGCCGGAACUGCACCAGCCGUGGCUGGUCCAGGACCUUCCCGCCAUACCACAUCGCCUGCAGCGUGGAUGAUGACAUCCCUGAGACUGAGCAGUCAUACUUUGCCACAGUGAAGCUCAUAUACACCAUCGGCUACAGCGUCUCCCUGGUGGUCCUCUCUGUUGCCGUGUUGAUCCUGCUGCUCCUCAGGAGACUGCGUUGUGCUAGGAACUAUAUUCACAUCCAGCUCUUCAUUACGUUCAUCCUGAAAGCCGUGGCAGUGUUCAUUAAGGAUGCUACUCUGUUUUCCAGUGACGACACCAACCACUGCACCCUCUCCACUUUCGCCUGUAAGGCUUCGGUGGUCUUCUGUCACUACUGCGUAAUGACUAAUUUUUUCUGGCUCUUGGUGGAGGCGCUUUACCUCAAUUCCCUGCUGCUCUCCUCUUUCCACCACAGCCCUCGAUGUCUGUGGGGCUUCGGCCUGCUUGGCUGGGGUGUACCUGUUUUCUUCAUCGUCCUGUGGAUUGGAUCCAGGGUGUACUUUGAGGACUCUGAAUGCUGGGACAUCAACGAGGACUCUCCCUAUUGGUGGAUCAUCAAAGGACCAAUUGUCGUCUCUAUAGCGGUCAAUUUUUUGCUCUUCGUCAACAUCAUUAGAAUUCUGAUACAGAAGCUCAAUCCUCGCCUGAUCCAAUUCAACAACUCAUCCCAAUACAGACGCCUGACUAAGUCCACCCUCCUCCUGAUCCCUUUGUUUGGAACCCACUACAUGUUCUUUAAUUUUCUGCCUGACUACUUCAAUGUUAACCUGCGCCUCUGUAUUGAGCUGUGCAUGGGAUCCUUUCAGGGACUUCUUGUAGCAAUUCUCUAUUGCUUUCUCAAUCAAGAGGUCCAGAAAGAGGUGCACAUGCAGUGGCUGCGGUGGCAGGAGAGCAGCUAUGGUGCGGUGUCACCAGGGGCCAAGGGCAGCCAGAUGGACACGCCCUUCUAG